AUGUAUUUCUUUAUAACAUCAGAUAAACCCAGGGCCACACUGACAUCAGGACCAACAACCAUACCAGUAGGAGGCAGAGUGACACUGACCUGCUCUGUGGAGCCCUCUGCUGGAUGGAAAUAUGAGUGGUUCACACAUAGCACAUACAGCUCUGAAGAUCAAGAAAACAGAGUUAUCAGUGUAUCACAAGGAGGAAUCUACUGGUGCAGAGGAGGAAGGGGAGAAAGAGGAGAACCAGUUUACUACACUGAUAUCAGUGAUGAUGUCACCAUUGAGAUAACCUUUUCCAACAAGGCUGUUGUAACACAACAACACAACUGGCCUCAGAUAUUCAGAGGUGAGAAGAUCAAUCUGACAUGUGAGGUCCAGGGAGGUGAAGACACUGAGUGGAAGUAUGAAUGGAGAAAACCCAGGUCAUCUACACACUGGACAAACAAUAAAUACUGGACUUUCACUGCUUCUGAGUCCAGCAGUGGAGUCUACAUGUGUAGGAGUAGACUCAGAGAUGACUCAUAUUCUUCCACAGAGUGGAGUGAAGCCAUCACACUGUCAGUAUCUGCAACUAAACCAAAGGCCAGACUGAGUGCUCACACCAGAGAUAUUCCAGUAGGAGGCAGUGUGAACCUGACCUGCUCAGUGACGCCAUCAUCUGGAUGGAAAUACUACUGGUACAGAGAUGAGAAGUCCUCUGAACCUCUGACCACACAACAUGCUGGUUUCUAUUCAAAUGGACAAAUGAGAGUCUCACAGGAAGGAAUGUACUGGUGCAGAGGAGGAAGAGGAGACCCAGUUUACUACACAGAGUACAGUGAUUCAGUCAGGAUCAAUGGAAAUGUUCCAAACAAGGUGACUGUGACUCUCCAACCCACCUGGCCUCAGAUCUACAGUGGAGAGAAUAUUACUCUCAGAUGUGAGAUCCAUGGAGGAGACACUGAGUGGGAGUAUGAAUGGAGAUCUACCAGUUCAUACAAACCUCCAAAUCAAAAUGAGUUCAGGAUUGAAUCUGAUUCUUCGCUCCACACUGGAGACUACAAGUGUAAAGGUAGAAUGAAAAGUGAACAACAGUCUUCAACAGAGUGGAGUGAUUCCUUCAGAUUGACUGUAUUCAUCAGUAAACAACCUGUCCUCUCUGUGUCUCCAUCAUGGCUGAGUCCUGGAGCCUCAGUAACUCUGAGCUGUGAGGUUGAACAUCCAUCUGCAGGAUGGAGGUUUUACUGGUAUAAAGCUGUUCCUGUUCUAUCACACAAGUAUCAAUAUUCCAACUAUGAGCUGCUUCCUGGUAGCAUCAAUGGAACUGAACAAGAUUCCUACAUCAUUGAUGGACAGACACACACAGCAGGAUAUGUGUGUAGAGCUGGAAGAGGAGAGCCAGUGUUUUACACUGAUUACAGUCCACCUCAGUUUGUCUGGUCUGGAGAUUUCCACUCACCAGCGUCUCUCACAGUGAAUCCUGACAGAGUGCAGCACUUCACCUCUGACUCUGUCUCUCUGAGCUGUGAGGGAAACUCUACUGAGUGGAGAGUGAGGAGGUUCCCUGAGGAUCAGUCCUGGUCCUGUUCUGGUUGGAGGACAAUGACUGGAUCAACAUGUAAAUUAUCCAGAUCCCAGUCUGAUAAUGCAGUGUACUGGUGUGAGUCUGGAUCAGGAGAGAUCAGCAACGCAGUCAACAUCACUUUCCAUGCUGGUGGUAUCAUCCUGGUGAGCCCUGUCCAUCCUGUCACUGAGGGAAAAUCUGUUUCUCUUGGCUGCAAGUUGAAGACACAAAAUGUUCUUUCUACUGUGUUUUUCUAUCACAACAACAAACUCAUCCAAAAUGAUACCAGAGAGGAGCUGAACAUCUCUGCAGUGUCAAAGUCAGAUGAAGGCUUCUACGAGUGUGAACAUUCAGGAAAACGAUCACCAAAGAGUUGGAUGGCUGUUAAAUCUGCUCCAGGAGCUCAAAGUUCUUCUUUCCCUGUUCCUCUGAUUGCUGGACUUCUUUGUGGGGUCAUACUCAUCGUCCUCCUGCUCUUGUUGUAUCGAUGCAGACCACGGCCCAAGGAUUCAUGCUUUCACAGGUCGACUCCAGUCAGACAGAAUGAAACCCUAAACAACACAUAUCCCCCCCAGGGUGAUGCUGACCUCUAUGACACGAUCAAACACAAUACUGCAAAUGACGGAGAAGAUGUUACCUACACUUUCAUUAAACUCAAAAACAUUGGAAAGAAGCGGACGCAUCGUGAACCAGAGGACAGGGUUGUUUAUGCUGACGUGUAUACAAAAGGAGCAGGCUCGAGUCGUGAACCACAGGACACUGUUGUUUAUGCUGAUGUGAUGAAAGGACGUCAAGGGCGGCGCCAUAAAUCAGAGAACGUUGUUGUUUACACUGAUGUGGAGAAAAAAGCUGAAGGUCUCAACAUGGUUUAUGCCCAGGUCAACCACCACAAGAAAGGGAGACCCAAGAAAACAAAAGGAAAAUCAACUCCUGCAACACCUGAAGCUGUCUCUGAAGAGAGUGUCAUGAAUGGAACCAAAGAGAAGCAUUCAUAUAGACUCAUUUGUGCUUUCUGCAGUUUCAUUUGUCAUCUUAAACGCAAAGAAUCUCAGAAGUGUCAGCUGGAUGUGAGGAUGGGACGCACUUUACUCUGUGAGCUUGUCUUAGUCCUGCUCUAUACUCUCCUAUGUAAAGGACACACUGAAGGUGCUGUGCUGACUACUGACCCCUACUGGUCACCUUUGUUCACUGGAGAGUCUGUUACCUUCAUAUGUGACAUGAAGGAAGGAGGAGUCACUGACUGGGAUUAUAAAAUCUACAAGAAUGGUCGAGGAUUUAUUCCCUACAACACAUAUCAACGCUACACAUUAAAUGGUCUGUCUCCAGGUUACAGUGGUGGAUAUCAGUGCUGUGGUUACAACAAGUGGUCAUAUCAGACAAAGUGUAGUAAUAUUGUCACUUUAACUGUAUCAGAUAAACCCAAGCCCACACUGACAUCAGGACCAACAACCAUACCAGUAGGAGGCAGAGUGACACUGACCUGCUCUGUGGAGCCCUCUGCUGGAUGGAAAUAUGAGUGGUUCACACAUAGCACAUACAGCUCUGAAGAUCAAGAAAACAGAGUUAUCAGUGUAUCACAAGGAGGAAUCUACCGGUGCAGAGGAGGAAGAGGAGAACCAGUUUACUACACAUAUCCCAGUGAUCCAGUCACCGUUGAGAAAAUCAUUUCCAACAAGGCUGUUGUAACACGACAACACAACUGGCCUCAGAUAUUCAGAGAUGAGAAGAUCACUCUGACAUGUGAGGUCCAGGGAGGUGAAGACACUGAGUGGAUAUAUGACUGGAGAACACCCAGGUCAUCUAUACACUGGACAGACAAUAAAUACUGGACUUUCACUGCUUCUGAGUCCAGCAGUGGAGACUACAUGUGUAGGACUAGACUCAGAGAUGACUCAUAUUCUUCAACAGAGUGGACUGAAGCCAUCACACUGUCAGUAUCUGAUAAACAACCUGUCCUCUCUGUGUCUCCAUCAUGGCUGAGUCCUGGAGCCUCGUCUCAGAGCACAAAUCAGAGCUCUGCUACAGAUCACAUGAUCAACCAGGAUGAAGGUCAACAGAGUGAACAUCCUUCUCCUCUCCACGGUCAGACUUAA